CUGUCAGGGAUGAAGACCUAUCUCAUCUCAGGAAAGAAGCUGGAUCACGACGUGCAGUGCGGCUGUUCUCAGAUGGGACUGCAAUCCGGGGGGGAUUUUGUGGUGGUCGCCCUGCCCUCCAGCCCUCAACCCCGGACCCCAGACCUCAUUCCUGGAGGUGCCCAGGCUGCCGAGUCACUGCUGCCCCACCAGCCGACGGGGCCUCCCUGUGUGUUCCAUAGCACAGUCCGUCCCUCUGUAACGGAGCACAGCGAGGAUGUGGCCAUGUUGAACGGAUGCCAGGAAGAACACAAGCCCGGCAGUGCCAAGUUCGUUCCAGGUCACAGCCCCAGGGCGGCCAACGGGCUCCUGAGCCCCCCGCUGGAGGACCCGGUGGUGCGCGCCAGCCAGAGCUCGCUGUGCGACAUCCUCCAGGAGAAAGAGAAGAAGACCAGCACCAGCACGGGGACCGGCACCAGCCUCGGCAUGACCGGAGGCCCCGGGGCCACGGGGGGGUCGGGCAUGGACAACUCUGCCCUCAUCCAGCUGCGAGACGAGAACAUCAAACAGAAGAGCGACGCCCACUUUGUGGAUGUUAUCAGAGAGGACAGUUUGAUGAAGGACUACUUUUUCAAGCCACCCAUCAACAAGAUCAGUCUCAAUUUCCUAGAGAGACCACUGGAAAAGGCUUAUCGCAACAGCUACAAGGAGGAGAUGAGGACCCAGGUUCAGGUGCAGACGUUUGCGAGCUCCACGUUUAGCUCCUUCCUGGACGUUCUCCUCAGCUUUUUCUUCUUCCUGGCGUUGACCCUGGCCUGCUUCCUUCCCUCCCUGGUGAGCUCGACCAGCCUGAGCUCUCCAGCCCUGGCCGCCCUGGUCCUGGCUCCCCUCGCUGCUCUGCUGGAGCUGGCCUCCCUGGUGCUCUCCAUACGCAUAACCUUCUAUUUGGAGGAGCUGAUGAACUGUACCCGCUCCCUGCUCCUGGUGAUUUCUGGCUGGGUCUCUCGUCACGUGAUCGGGGCUGUGCUGGUCUCCCUACCAGCAAUUUCUGUCUUGUCCCAUCUCGUAUCCAGCGUCCACCUUCCUCUCCAGGUCACCAUGUUCCUGUGCUGUGCCACCAUCCUGGCCAUCAUCCAGUAUUGUAACUUCUGUCAGUUGAGCUUUUGGAUGCGUUCCAUCCUGGCCACUGCCACAGGGGUUGCUCUGCUCCUACUGCUGUACAGUCCCUUCCACAGGCAGAAUUUGUGUAUUAUGUUCAUCUUUUCCCUUUUUCCUAUGUGCUUCUCAUCCCGUUUAUCCCUCAGAAUGAACAUCUCCACAUUGAGUGAUGGUGGUUCAAAGUUGGGAGCCGAGCCUCCUCAGCAACUUUUUGAACUUCUAGUGCCAGAGGCCAUCCUGGCCUUUUUCCUACUUCUUCUUCUGGUCUGGUUCCUCAACCGUGAGUUUGAGGUCAGCUAUCGUCUCCAUUACCAUGGAAAUGUGGAAGCCGAUAAGCACCGCUUCAAGAUUCAGAACAUGCGAGACCAAGCUGAGUGGUUACUGGGCAACAUCAUCCCCAUCCACGUCGCUUACCAACUCAAGGUGACUCAGAGCUACUCAAAGAACCACGACAGUGUUGGUGUGAUCUUUGCCAGCAUCGUGAACUUCAGCGAGUUCUACGAAGAGAGCUACGAGGGAGGCAAGGAGUGUUACCGCGUUUUGAACGAGCUCAUUGGCGACUUUGACGAACUCUUGCGGAAACCCGAAUACAAGAGCGUGGAGAAAAUCAAGACCAUCGGCUCCACCUACAUGGCAGCGUCGGGCCUGAACGUCCAACAGAUGGCGGAGGACGAAGAGGACUCUCCGCACGCUCACCUGACGGCCCUUUUCAGCUUCGCCCUGGAGAUGAUGGGCGUCCUAGACGACUUCAACAAGAACAUGUUGGGCUUCGGGUUCAAGCUCCGCAUCGGAUUUAAUCACGGCCCCCUGACGGCGGGGGUGAUUGGCACCACUAAGCUGCUCUAUGAUAUUUGGGGAGACACAGUUAACAUCGCCAGCCGCAUGGACUCCACCGGCGUGGAGUGCCGAGUGCAGGUGAGCGAGGAGAGCCACGCUGUGCUCAGCGCCAUGGGCUUAGAGUUUGAAUACAGGGGCACGGUGAAUGUUAAGGGCAAAGGCCAAAUGAGGACCUUCCUUUACCCCAAAAGUGGGGACGACGCGUGUCAGGACGGAGCGGAGGUGGACGCUGGAGUCGGACCCUUGUCCGUGACUGUGUCUGCCAGUAAGGUUUCCGCGUCCGUGGCACCUGCAGCCCCUCCUUGUGCUCCUGCAUCCUCUUCUCUCUCGACUCUCUCCCCUCCUCAGCCCCAAAGCACUGUGAGGCCUGCGGGGGCGGGGCCGGAGCCCGUCUCGGCCAAGUGCCCCGAAGUGAGGGAUGAAGGAUAUAGGGACGCUGCUCAUCUCCCCGGACAGUCCCCCGACACAGACACUCACCCCCACGCCCGUUCUGAGCCAGGCCUCCAGGCCAGUGCCAUGCAAGUGUCCUCCCAGGCGCAGCCUGCUCCUCUAGCGCUCCAAGAGGAGGAGGACGAAGAGGAGGAAUCGAACGAGCUUACCAAACUCUACGAGGAGUUUUGCGUUCGUCUCUGA